GAUUGGCGCACGCCCCGGCAGACGACACUACGGUAUAGUUCCCUCCUCUUCCCCCCUCCUCCGCCAAUGGAUUGCCUCAGCAAGAAACCAGCCCUCCUGAACGGCCCGCACAGCGUCGCCGGCCUCCGAAGAGUGCACGCCAUUGCCGACGACGGUCCAGUUUUGGAGAUCUCUGCUUUUUAAAUUGCUCGCGACGUGAGAAAAGCGGCCUCGCGCCAAGUGUUUUCGACUCGGCGGUGGCGCAUGUCGGUGGCCACGGGGAACCCAGUGGCGGAGGGCAUGCGGUGGCAGUCGCCGCAUGCGGCAGGAAAGAGCUCAGCGGGAGUGGGAAUGGCUUCCGAAAUGGCCGAUUUUCAUGAUAUGUGGCAAGAUAUUGAAAGUGUUCUUCUGGGUGAAUCAGGAGCUCCCGAAUCCAGAUGUCAAAUGUAUUACAGCACUGCUGAUGGCAAUUCUCAUGUUUUUUCAAAACCAUCAUCUCAUCCUGGAAGUGCUACUUCUAAUGGGUAUUCAUACCAUCAUCCUCAUCAGAUACAUGCGCAGCAACAAUACAUGACACCACCAACUUCGCUGCCGGGAACAAAAUUCCAGUCAUCUACUGGACCCACAAGCAGCUACGUAUUUGGAUCCUACAGAAAUGGUUUCAAGAGAGAGAUUGUUAGCAAUUGCAUGAACAGAAAUGAAUGCCCAACCUUCACCUCUACUUAUUCUAUGCAUUCAGGAUACCCUUCGGACAGUAAACACGAUUCAGUGGCUCCUAUGCUUUAUAAUGGUCAUGGGGCAGCGUAUAAUGGAACAUUGUCCGCACUUCAGUCUCAUAUAUCUCCUCCUGCUUCUCCUGAAAAUUCUGGAAUUCACAGUUUUAGUCAAGCAUCCACAACAAUGGACAAUUAUUCGACAAUUGGACAUAACUCUAGAACUCCAGGGAUGACACCAAUGGGAAAUUAUUCAUACAAUUUGACUAACAGUAUAGGUCCUCCUCCACACUUACGUAUGAUGACACCACCAUCUUCACCACACCUGGCUGACCUUUUGGCUGCCGGAAAUACUAGUGCCAUGCCUUAUGGUAUGACUAGACCCCAAGUCAACCAUCCGCCCUCCCAACUACUCCCGACGGGUAUGGGAGCUUUGCCAACAAAGCACCGACGUGGUCGCAGGAGCACAGGUAGGAAGAAGGUGACUGUCCACACUUGUUCACAUCCAGGAUGCACGAAGACUUACACGAAAAGUUCACAUCUGAAAGCUCAUCUCAGGACUCACACGGGUGAAAAGCCUUACCAAUGCAACUGGAAAGGUUGUGGCUGGAAGUUUGCUAGAUCUGAUGAACUCACUCGGCAUUACCGAAAGCAUACGGGUGACAGACCUUUCCAAUGUAGACUAUGUGAACGUGCUUUUUCCAGGUCAGACCAUCUUUCCUUACACAUGAAGAGGCACGCUGCUGUAUAACAAUGUUUCAGAACUCAAACUUAUGUGUUGCUUAUUUAGAUACUUUCUUUUUUUUUUAAUUUUAAGCAGCACAUUAAAAAGAUAUUUCCCCCUCUAAUAGUUUGCUACACUUGAGUUUGAAAACUAUUGUGUUCUUUUAUUUUUGUACUUAAAUAACUAUAAUGAAGAAAAAUUUAUAUUGACCAUGGAGAAUUCAGUCUUAUUUCACUUCUUAAUUUACUUAAUGUAUUGAAGUUACGAAAUUUAUGGAAAUAACUAAAGAGAAUUUUCUUUUAAGAUAUUAAGAAUACUUUUACUGCAAAAGGUUGAAUUUCACAUAACAUGCAUUGUAGUAAAACCUUUCGUUAUUGCCAUAUAAUUAUGCGAAUCGCUGACUGUUAAUGAUAUUUUCUGUAUUAUAAAGCAAGUAAUAUUUUCUUGCAGAACAAUUGGAUGGAGAUGAAGGAUCAUGCUUUUAAUUGUUCUUCAUAUUUUAUGAAAUUACAAUGUAAUGUCUUGCACUUCACAAAGAAAAAAGUGAAAAAAAAAAUAAGAGGCGAUUGUUUCGAAAUAAGAGUGAAAGGAACAGUUUUUCCCUACUAUUCUUGAUAUAUUUGUUUUUCAUUUUUAUUUACCUGGUUUAAAAAAGUUCAUUUUACUGUCCGAAACUUAUAAAAAAUUCAAAUUUGACCACAAGAACUCAAAACGAUUAGAGAAGUUUUUAAGCUAAUAUCAUGACGAAAACAUUAGAUAAGAAGUAUUUUACUUGCAAAUUCCGAAAAUACGCAUUUAAGAUGGAGUGAAAAUAAGUUAGCAAGAACUAUAACAGGAGUAUGUACUUUUCUAUUUAAUCUUGAACGACAUUUUCAUCUACAGAUUUCUACAUUUCACUACGGGCUCGUGUAUGCAUCGCCAAGAAGGAAGCUCAAAAAUAAAUAAAUAAAAUAAAAUAAAAUAAAGUGCAUUUUUUACUGGAAUGUGCUGAAGAAUUUAUAACACUCAGAAGUAAAUAAAAUAAAGUAAAUAAAAUAAAGUGCAUUUUUUACUGGAAUGUGCUGAAGAAUUUAUAACACUCAGAAGUAACUAAAAUGCAAUCGUCCUCAGAUCUAAUUCCAAGUAGAAUACGAAAACAAAAUCCUAGCUAUGCAUUGUAGGAAAUAUCACUUACUUCAAAAAUUAUGUGAAGAAAUUCAAAAGUAUGCAUAAAAUUGAAUUGCAAUUAGGAUAUUAUUCCUACCUUUUAUGAAACUAGACAGUUUGAAUGCAGCAUUGCCGACUAUCAAGCGCUUAUUCAGUCGUUACAAGACCUCAGAUCAGCCACUGAAUCCAAAUGCCUUGCAAAUAGGAAAUCAAGAUUAUAAUGAACUACUCGUCAUGCAGGAAAUAAGUUGGAGAAAUGAAGAAACAAGACUCAAGCUAUAAACUUGUUAGCAGAUAUCUAAGGACAAGAGCUCGUUGCUGUCGUAGUUUUCUAAAAAUAUUGCUGAUUCCUGUUGUGCAGUAGUCGCUGUUGUUAUGAUCGCUGUUGGCAUAUGCUGAUCUUCCUCAAUGAAAGCAUCUUUGUGAGCUUCUUUCGUUUUCCUCGUUUCUACUUAAAAAGGAUUUUGGAUUUAAAAGGAAUUCAUCAACGUAAAUAUCCAAUGAAAAAUUUUUGUAAAUAUUGAUUCAAGAAUAUUUUAUAAAUGUAGUACCUUGUGGCUGCUAUUCAUCUAGAUUGAAUGAAAGUUUAAAGAACAAAUGACUGACGUUUCAUUAAAAACAAUUUUAUCUUUAAAUAAAAAUUCACUCAGUAGAAGGUAUUAGAAAUGCUACUAUUCCCAGCUCAUGUUUCUGAAAUUAAAAAUGGAGCAUUUAAGUGUAAAAUGAUCUCCCUGGAUUACAGAGGUAAAUAGAGGGUAAUUGCUCCUACUUCUCGUGUAAGCCUUAGCUGUUUGCGUGUGCCUUUACCCCCACUUAUUAGUGUAAUAUCAGCCUACUUGCUUCCACUCUGGCCAACCUCUCGGUGACGAGUAAAGAUCCCUAAGUCCGAUUAUUCUCAAGAAACAAAUAUUUUGUCUUUUGAAGUAGGAAAACAUGUAUAAUAUUGAUUCUCCGUAACAAGAUUUCUAAAAAUUUUCAAUGAAGUGCCUUAAUUGAAAUCUGUACAUUUGACAUGCUGGUCGUGUGCGAGUGUAUAUAGAUUGUAUAUAUGAUUUAUGUAUAGUGUUUGUCUCUUAUUUAAUGGUACUCUUUUCGUUACCAAGAAAUGCCAAUUAUUUUUUAAAUAUACGUAUUGGUUGUAUAUACUACUUAAUUGUAAAUGUUUGUAUUUUGAAUGCUUUUUGGUUGGGAUUUUGACAUGAAUAAAAAUGUAUUUUUG